AGGUAUCUUGUUGACUGUUCGUGGUUUAAACAGUGGAAAGAAUUUGUUGGAUAUGAUAUACAGGGUCAGUGGGGAGCUGCAGAUAAGAGAAACAAUCCUGGCCCUAUAAACAAUUCACCCCUUCUUAAAGGUGAGAGCAGCAAGUUAAUCAAUUUUUUUCACUUGACUGCAAAACUGAUCCACAGUUACUUAUAUUUACAGAAAACACAACAUAUUUAUCCAAGGCAUGAUUAUCAGUCAUUCACAGGGCUGGAAGGAUGUUACCUAUUUAAUUAAUUUAAGGAGUGGGAGAGGCGCAGUAUGCAAAUUAUUGUGCAUGCAGUCAAAUAUGGACAAUGUGAGGGGUUGCAGUGGGAAAGCAGUUCAGCAACUGUAGCCUCUUGAGUGCUUGGCAAACAUUGUACAUGAAUCCAUAACUUGAUGUUUGCAAAUGCAGCUGCAUUAACCAUUUCUUUUACGACAGAAUCAAAAAAGAAAAGCAUUUAAAUUUGCCUCUUAUAGGGACCGACAAGUGUGUCAUCCAUGCACCAUUUAUUCUUUGCAAAGACGUCUUGCUAAAAAAGGUUUGCUGAAUGAGUAGUUUUUAUUGUCAGUAUGGAUUGUAAAACCUUUUUUGUUAUCUGAAUCAGUGACUUUUGUUGGGUAAAAAUAAUUGAUGCGUGUUGCAUCGAGCAUGCGUUAUAAGGUUUCCUACGAAACAAUAGUAAAUGGGAAAUUGCCCAAUCAGAACAAACCUUUUGAUUUUGUGUGUUAGAAAGUGGAGUAUUCAUCAGGUUGUAUUCAACCAGUAUUUCAGAGCCAUUGAGAAACCCUGGAUAGGACAGAUCAGAUCGACAACUGUAACCCUAUCCCUAACCUUUUGUCGUUUUAAUAGUGUGUUGCAGGGGUCGAUCAAGUCUGGUCUUAUCCAGGUUUUAGUGUCUCCUGAUUGUCAGAGUCGUUUAUAUAAUGUAGUCGUGGCACAUUUUCCUGUUAUUAUAAUUUCAUUUAAUAGCUGAUGGCAGUACCCUGAAGGAACAUCUGAUUGAUGAGCUUGAUUAUUUCUUACUACCUGAGGGAGCUUGGUUAAAGCUAGUAUCCUGGUAUGGUGUGACAUCAGAUCAACAUGCUUUGCCAAGGAAGGUUGUUGAACAUGGGAUGUAUAUAAAAAACAAUAAGGUGGAGGUGUACCUCAUGGAGUUCAAUCUAUCUCAGCUCUCUGAUCCAAACACCUUCUUCGAAAUGAAGUUCAGCAGAGGAGAUACUCUUGGUGGGUUUUAUUUUCCUUAAGUGUCUUAAUGUUUUAUAGACUUUUAUUUUUGUUCAGUUGGCGGAGCACGAAGAAAGGAUUUGACCCCCAUGCUCAGGAAUGUCCCAAAAUUACCUUGCGAAAUUUGCUAUUUCUUCUAUACUUUUCUGAUAGCAGUUUUCUUUACAUCUUUUUUACUAAAAUUGCGAAAAGAACUUCGAUUUGUUUCGGCUACAAUAAAUAUUUUAAUUUAUUCGAGGAAUAACUAAUUAUUUGUUUUGGCUUACUCGGGCUUUGAACUAGCCUCCUACACAGGAGUAGCUCGUAUUUCCUCCCUCCCCACAAACGCCUGCUCAUGUUUUUUAGUAGGCGUUUGUGGGGAGGGACGAAAAACGUGCUCCCCUAAAACGCCUGUGUGGCAGGCUAGGUUUAAACCGACUCACCCGCGACAUGUCAGAUAAGACGCUAAAUUUACCGAAUAGCCGAUUGCGCCACCUCGACCUAACGUGGCUUGUCAUCUGAAAGUUAGCUAUAAUAUCGUGCACCAGUGGACCGGGGUUUCGAGGGGGGAAUGGCAGAAAAGGGACAAAAAUAUUUGCUUGGUGCAAUUGAAAAUUAUUGAAACAAUAAAACGCUUUAAGAGGAGCAGGUGGUGAAAAUUACUUGGUUGCCGCUAUCUUGACUUCUGGUUUGGCCACAACGGCUGUAAGCGUUGGUCCGCUUGCUUUGUUCCAAAAAAGCCAAUCCCGGAUAUCAAUGUCAUAAAGGCCACUCAGGAUGACAUCAUGGACGACGUGAUCAGUAUAGUAGACCGGGGCACCACAAGUGCACAUGAUGGUAUAGGAACAGGUUUCUCCUUUCCCCGUAAUUUGGCUAUGAAAGUGCGGAAAGGCUCGUCUCGCUCUUGCCUUAGCGGGAGAAGCUCUGUGCGUAGCACGCAAGUGGCAACUAGAGUAAGUGUACGCUCCGAUGGCGUCUUGUUGUAAUUGAGCUAUUUUGAAAAAAUAGCUCAUAUGUCAGUGGUGUGAGCGUAUGUAUCUUUGUGGCUUUGUAUCUUUGUAACUUUGUAUGUUCGGAUGUUUGUUGCAAGAGCCAAUAAGGUUGAAGGUACUAUGAGUUGAUGCUAAGGAACCAAUGAGAUCUUGGCAUCUACUUAAAAAUCACAUUGCUAAAGGUCGAACAAGGGCACUUUAAGACCGCCAUCUUGAUUCUUUACAAUUUGUUCGUCUUUUAUUACGGCUACAGGUGUUUGGAAAUAUUAUAUUAAAUAUCUUCAUGAUUCAAACGCUGUGUACAGUGAUGCAGCUGUUUAAGGGUUCAUAUUUUAGUGUGGAUGCUACUUCAAGACAUUUCUGACCGAAUUCGGCUAUCGCGAACGGUACCACGCACGUAUUUAUGAGUUGUGUUUCACUUGCUUCAAGGUAGAGUAUAAACGAUCAUAUAUUUUCAAAGCUCUUCCAGUGAAGCAAUAAUUUAUAUUUAGAUAUGGACUUUAAUUUGAAAGUAUGCGGCCUAUAAAAUGUGGUUUUAGAAGUUUGAAAAGCAGCUUAUUUUUUUAAAAGCUGUACCGAGUAUUGUUAAUCCUGUAAACAAGCUGUAGAAAUAUUAUUCUCUCGCUUACAAAGUUCAACAGACCUUUUUCGUUCCGGCAAAACAACAACAAAAAGGAAUAAUAAGUGAACAACAUGAUACAUCCUUCCUGCAUACUAAGCAUUAUAGUUAUUGAAACGUAUUUUAUUUAGUAAAGAUGCGUAUAAACUUAAGUAGAAACAGUAGCGUUAGGGAAUAAAAUUGGAAGAAGCUAGUUGACACAAUAAUUAGGUACUGCUUUAUUAAGUGGAGUAACAUGAUGUGAGCAGAAAUAUAUUUCGGCAGUUUGAUAAUUUUCUUGGAAGUUAAUAAUUGUUAGGCUAUCAACCUUGACGUUGCAUGAAACAUAAUUUAAUUGCAGCUGUUGUAAUGAAGCCGAGGUGAUUUCUUAAAAUCGUUUGAGAAAAUUUUGUAGUAAACAAUUUCCGUUUUUUUAAAGUACGAAUUGUAAAAAGGUCAAAGACCAACAUCUUCACGUGCAAAUUGUGUGCAUGAGUUAUUUUUAUAAUUCUGUUUACUAGAUUACUGUGUGAUAACUCGAAUUCCCUCACGUACGAACCACGAAAGGGGGCAAAGUCCAACACUUUCACGUGCCAGUUGUGUGAUUGUACAUCUCAUGCAGAUUGGCUUUUCACAAUAGUAAUAGUGACUUGAACGUAUGAAGACCUGUUUUGUUUUGUAACCAAUGCCUUAAAAAAGGCUCUUGUCUGUUAAGAAGCAAUAGCUUUUAAAACGUGAAGAAAUAAGUUGUCAGAGUUAAACACUGUUUCACUGAGUAGAAUCGCACGUGAAAACCUCGUGAAUUGUGAUGAUGCAACCAUAUACCACAAUGAUAAAAAUCCUGGUAUUUCGUAACUACUCGAAUUCGAUGAGUUACAUUUUGGCUUAAGAAACUCCGACAAAACCUUAGAGUUUUCCCUCUAAUCAACGUUUGGUGAGUAGACAUGUAUUUUUACUUUAACAAUUUGUUUAAAUUACACCAAAUGUAACAGGGAAAGACAGAGGAAAGUAGCAUGAGGAUCGACGCAGCUGAGCGUUUCGCGUUUUCAUUUAUUUACGGCAAUGCUCAAUUUCGCACAAAAAAGCCAGUCUACCAUUUAGGACGAUAAAACGUAGAUUCAUCGCUCUUGGUAAGGUUACACUGAAGCAUUAAAGUUACACUGAAGCAUUCAAAAUAGCUCAUGCACGUUUAACGUGCCUAUGUUUAUAUAAAAGUUAGUGGUAUACCGAGUGGUGUUGGAGUGGUAGCAAAUCAAUAAAUGCGCUAUCCUACCAGUGAUGAUAUCAUUCCUAUCCACACAUGUGUGAUAUCAUUUUUGACCAAUCAGCUCAUGGUAUUUUCGGGCUCUGUCAAGCAUUUGUGGUGGGUUUUCCUUCGUUUUGUCUUUUCGGAGUUUUUGCGUCGGUCUUUUCACGAGACGAAGUUAAGUUUAAAGUGUAUUAAAAAAUGGAGAUAAGUAGGUUUGUCGAGAUCACAGGUGAGGAACUGAUCGAAUUCAUAAACUAGAACAAGAAAAUCCGAAUACAAAGAGGAAAACUGCGUACGACGUUGAGGUAUUCAAGAAUUUCAUUCAGACAUCAAACCCUGGCUUGCUUGGUUCAAUAUCCUUCGAAAUUCAUCUUUGGCGUUAGCAAAAAAGAUGGCUCCGACUAUGAACCCACAAGUUUGAAAGGAUAUUUUUUCAAGCUCCUAGAGAUAUCUGAACAAACAGAACUACGGGUUCACAAUUUUUACUGACGCUGUGUUAAAAACUACGGCUACUCUUAAAGUAAAACAAAACGAUAUAAAGCCAAGAUAUUGGGAAACAAGCCUCGGACAUCGGAUAGGCUAACAGACGAGGAAAUUGAAAAAUUGUUUGCUUUCAAAUGCCUAGGAUAUGAAAGCCCUCAAGCCAUUAUAAACACUUUUUGCCUUCGCGGCGGCAAAGAACAGAGAGAGUUACACUUAAGGUAAUUCCCUUGAAAUUGUUCUACUAUCAAACUUUUUUUGAAACUUGACAUAGUCAACAUUCAUGAUAUGGACAUUUAAAAAAUGCUUGUUUGCGUGUCAGCAGGCUCUUAAAUUGGGGUAUUUUUACUGGUUGCGCGUUAAACAUUCGAAUCUCCUUCAUACAGAUAAACACACAAAAUUUUAAUUUAAUUUUCAUUUAAGCCGCUUUUGAGUGCCUGGUUGGGGGGGACAUUGCACUUUUUCUCGAUGUUUCGGACAGUUCCGUGGUUAGCUUGAAGUCCUCGCCUUGGCCCAAGUACAUCAAGUACGGAACUAUUUUCUCAAAAAAAUCAUGUUCUACCAUCAAACUUUUUUUCUUCUUCAAAUAUGUUCCUUAUUAGACUGUUCUUAGCAAGUACCUAAAAAAAUCGGGGUUCACCGUGCUCGUAUCCUCACAAAUUGUCGUGAAAGGCGGACAUGGUUUUGACAUCGUGGCCGAGAUGGAUUAUUUGUUCGGCCGGGAAUGGGACGAGAUAUAAAAAUCGUGUUCGAAGUAUGCUCUCGCGAUUAAGCUUGUUUUCGGUUGUUUUAUGUGUUUGAUAUCGCCAACACAGAAAUUCAUACUUGGAAAGAGUACAAAAAAUACCAAGGAAUGUUGUAAGUCAAGAUUUGAUGAGAUUUUGGAGUUACGAAUCUUUAUUUUGGACUAUUUUGUAGCACUGGUGUUCUAUGUUCCAGUGAGCUAGGGCCUGAUUUUGCUUUUGCAGAAUAAUGCUUGACAAAGAAACUUGAAGAAAAGACUAUAGAUUCCUAUUCUUCAAAUGUUUUCUUGUUUGGUUUCUAUACACAGCAAAAUGUGAAUUCAAAAGCAAAUUUUGUGUGUACAUCAAAGAUUGGUCUCCCUCGCAUGGUUCCGGUGCAACGAUCUUAUUUGUUAGACAAAUAUUCGUCUCUACACACUCGGAGUUUGAACAACAUGUGUAAAGUAGCGACCCUAAGCCGGACACUUUCUCUUAAUGCAGUUGGAGAGGGCUUAGCAGUCCCCAUCCAAAGCCUCAGCCAGGACAAUGAAUUCCACAACUUGACGAUCGCGAAGUGAAAAAAACACUGCAGACUUGGGGAUCACGCACAUUUUUUCUUUUUCUUGUUUUUCGACAUGAAACCAGGGGUGCUUACCAUUUGACAGAAAAGUCCGGUUGGGGUGGCGAAAGCAUAAUGGUAAGCAAUUUGCCAGUUUACCGUAGAAAUGCCACAUCCGUUACGGUUUGAAUCCAAAAAAGGGCGAAUUUGUGUCGCGUGAGUCUGGAACCGAGAAGGAACCGAGAAAUUGGUUAAUGGUAAGCAACAUUCCGUUUGGUUCGUACCAACCGGAAUGAAAGGACUACCUCAAAACGUACUCCUCAAUUUUCGGUUGGAAUUUCCGAAAAGUGACCUUACCAUUUACCUUCCGUCCGGAAUUUCCGAAAUUUUCCGUCAAAUGGUAAGCACCCCAGGAAGCUAUCAGCCGAUAGGCGGCAUUAUCAUUGCGAGUAAAAGCUUAAGCUCUGCAAAAGCGGCUUUUGUUUGUUCUUUUCGUGGUAGCGGGAAGAAUCGCCGCCAUCUUGGAUGUCGCAGUAUUAUGCGCAGCAGAGGGUCCGCAGUGCAAAACAAGGAAAUUAUCGUAAAUAGAAUGGUAUGUUGUGGCCAAUUUUCUAACGAUAUUUAUGCCGUAAUAAGUUUAUACCAAGAGUCUACUUGUUUGUACAUUUUCUACGACAUAGAUUUUAUUUCUGGCCUUUUCGUCUAUUCUUUCUUUGUAUUGAAAUAACUCAGCCUUAUUUACGAUUCCCGUGUGAAAUACCUCCAUGGAAUUCCAUGGAAAUCCAUGGAAAUCUAUGGAAAUCCAUGGAAUUCCAUGGAAAUAGAUGGAAAUCCAUGGAAUUCCACGGAACUUCCAUGGAGCAUCCAUAGAGUAUCCAUGGAGUUCCAUGGAAUGCCAUGGAGUUCCAUGGAGUAUCCAUGGAGUUCCAUGGAAUGCCAUGGAGUUCCAUGGAGUAUCCAUGGAGUUCCAUGGAAUGCCAUGGAGUUCCAUGGAAUGCCAUGGGGUUCCCUGAAGUACCGAUGCAGUUCCAUGGAAUGCCAUAGCGUGCCCAUGGAGUUCCAUGGAAUGCCAUAGCGUGCCCAUGGAGUUAGAUAGAAUACCAUGCAGUUUGUAUGAGAAAAUCCAUAGAAAUUCAGUAAUCAAGCAACUCAUCAACUUGUUAGCCACAUGUUCAAGUCUGCACUUUUUAUUGGAUAGAAAACUAGGAAACAUUUGAAAGCUUUCUAAAAGCAAAAUAGCUAGUACGUUUAAAUUACACAGAUAAUGCAAAAGUAUAAUGUUCACCGACGCUGAAAGUCCGAGUGUAAGAAAUUUUAUUGCUAACUAUAAAGAGGAAUGUUUUGUGUGCUUAAUAAAAAAAUGAUCCUGUUAAAAAAAAAUAAAUAUAGAAAAUUAUUUUUUAGUAGGGCUGUCUGCCAUUUAUCUUUUAAAAUCAGAGUUGCAUUUAAAAUAUGAGAAGAUCACUGUUAUUAACAACAUGCAGUUGCUUCAUUACAUUGACACAGUGCCCCUAUUCGUACAGGACCCUUACACCGACGUGUAUCUGCUAUGACAUACAGGAUCAAGUCUCUACUUGAAAUUUAUAUGAAAUUUUUAAGUCUCUUGAAAUUUGUGAUCAACAAAUUUCCAUGAAAGUGUAAGUCUCUUCAACCACUGUUCCAUUUUUAAGGAAAAAUUUCAGUGGCAAAUUUUGAAAAGAAGAAAAAUUCGAUGUGGCAAUUAAGAUUGAGAACCGAUCCAGGGGCGUAGAAUCCAUAAUUCGUAGUGUAACCACUCUACCGCGGAGUAGUAACUCGCUACGGUGGAGUUUGAUUUUAUUCAUAUAUAAUAACAACAACCGUAACCCUAAUUAGAGGCUAACCGUUUCGAGUCAGUGCUUAAAUAGACCUAAUCAGUUUAGUCGGAAUCCCGUAUGAAUAGCAAAUACAAGACGAUGUACGGGUCCCGUACUUAAAUAGCCAGUAUUGGAAAUGAUCCCACUAGGCACAUUAACUCUUUUCGGUAUCCAAGUGUGUUUUGGUUGAGAGCUAAGAUUUUCCCUAUUACUCAAGUCCAACCUGAUUGAUGAGAUUGCUUUGUAUGAAGUAUUUCGGCGAACCUACACAAGCAAUAUUAGAGUUUUUUUGCCGCAUCCGUGGAUAGGCUAGUCUGCUACACAGCCGUUUUUAGUGGGAAGGAGCGUUGCGUGACGACACUAAGAACGGCUGUGUAUAUAAGACUAUGAAUAGGCCUGCUGCCUUUUUUCAAAGGUUCCCUCACCUGGGAGAACAAUGCAGUAUUUUCCUCUCACUGCUUUACUCUUCGACAGCGUCGGAAUGAUACAAUUAACUCUGAAAGGGACCACAAUUUAAAGCCUUUAAAGACAGACAUCUCCACGAUCGUGCCGUGAUUUGACGCCGUGUUUGGUGCUUGAACUGGCGUCCAGACCUCUCCGCUUAGUGACUUACGCGAUCACGUGGGGCUUUUGAACCAAUAGAAAUGCGUAGAAGAUCAGUUUUCUUGGUUCGAAUAUUUAGGCGGACUUCUGUGCAGUACGACAGUGUUGUGUAAACGGAUUGUUUUAGCGAUGAAUGCAUCCGAAAAAGAUGUUAUUUUCAACGCAAAAUAUCACUUGUGAGGUUGCUUACAUUUGGCUUCUUUCAAAUCGACUUCGAUUAAACAAUGACUCAGCUGGAUCGCACAUUAAAGAGGAAGGUAAGCUUAAUAUGUACACAACUCGUGUUUGGUUGCUCAACUGAAUUCGUCCGCUCGAUUAUGUCUCUGCUAGAUUUAGAAGGAUGACUUUUCGGGUGCUGUUUAUCGGUUUUAAUAUGUAGUUUCUAUCUUUUUUGUUUAUACAGAUAUGAAUGUGGUCUUUCCUGCAAAUUGCCUUUGGAAUCCUUUGGAAUAAUUACUAAUUCUGGCAGAAUUAGAAAUCGGAGACUGUACUUCGAUGGACUGCUUCGAUGCAUAAGAAGAAAUAUCAUAUUUAGAACUUUAUGCCUGCUACGUAAAAACUAUACAAGAGACUGAUAAAUUAUAAUUGUGGCUGACGCCGUUUUUUCCCAAGGAUUAGGUAGGACUUUGCUAUAACUAAAUACCAUAGUGGUUCUGAUCGAGGAAAUAAUGCACUUAUCAAUUGAAACCCCGACCCCCCACCCCGGGCCAAGGUGGGGAUUUGACUUGACAUCAUUACAAAUCUUAGCAAACUCCUACCAUACUGUGGCAUAUUGACUGGUAAAAUCCCCACCCAGGUGGGGAAACCUUUUUAAUUCCCUGACUGCCUUUAUGAACAUUUCGUUGGAAUUUUCAACUUCUUUAUUGACAAAUUUGCUAGAGCAAAAAGGCAAAUAUGAUAACAGACCAAGAUAUAAAUACAACAAAUAUUUGACAAUAAUUAAGUAAACAUAAUGACCCCUGCCCACUUAUAAAAAAGUCAGGGUACAAAAUGGAUGAUGGAGUAGCACAUUGCUAUAAAUUUAUAUUAAAAGGAAAUCGGUACCAUCUCCAUUGAAAGUAAUUGCUGCAAUGAUAAGUUUAAUUGAAAAUAGCAGCCAACAUACCUUAACUUUCACAAGCUGAUGUUAUAAAUAGACUGCAUAAAAUAGUUCCUAGGAGCUAUAUUUUAUAUUUUGACUUAAAGAAUGAGGAAAUAUAGAACUUCAGAAACCACAUGGGUUUAACAGUAGACGUUAAACGAGCUGUGUCACGAAAUUUACCAAAAUGUAGGCUGUGGGAACUGCCACCAAAUUGAGUGAAACAUAAAAAUAACCACUGAAGACAUUAAAAGAUGGUAUAAAUGACUCAGCAAAUACAAAAGAAGGUACAGAUGGGAAAACAUGAAGAAGAUUAAAACGGAUUGAAAUUUUGGUUUUUGAAAACUUGUUAACCUAACAGUUUUUCAAAGUUCAUUGUUUUUGUCCGUAGCGCUUGAUAUGCUUGGGAGAAACAUCUGUUUGAAACGAAGCCUUGAUUUCUUCAUUUCUUUGCCCACAAUAACGCUCAGAAGCGAGUAGGGACCACGUAACUGGCAAUAUUAACAAAAUGAACCAGAUAGUGUGUGUCUGCAUUGUUUGAGAAGUUUUGAAUAACAAUAACAAUUACCAGUCAACGAGCCAUGAAAGCUCAAGGCAAAAUCGCAAAGGAUUAAUCUAAGUGGAGAAAUGAAAGGAAAAACCAUUAGGAAACUUACGGCCGAGCAAUACAUCAAAAUACCAGUGAUCACGUGAAGAAAUUACCCUGAGGAAACUAGGCACGAGUCAAAUCCCCACCUCGCUCCCCGACUUCCGUGGACUGCCAUGAAUAUGCUAAGCAAAUCCUGAGAAAUCCCCCACCCCCACGGGCUAACCAUGCCUUCAAAUACCAUAAAAAUCCCCCACAUUACCCCACAUAGGCCCGGGGUGGGGGGGGGGGUCGGGGUUUCAAUUGAUAAGUGCAUAAGAAGCACUUCCCUUUGUUGUCGCAUUAAAUAAAGCCAUGUUUAAGUCUUACAUACUGACGGUUUAUGCAUUCAAGUAUUAGCUUAUUUUUUUCCUCUCAAAUAUGCAUCUGUUCGCCUGUUACUUUUCUUAAACACCAGGCCAAGAUUCCGUGCUUUAUUAAUUAUAUUAAAUCUAAAUUUUUCAUUUAAGCUACUUCAAUAUGAUGGCUGCAUUCUAAACUGCAAUGUAUAUAGUCACAAGUAAACAUUAAUUUUUUAAGCUACAGUAUGUCAAAUUUUCUACCAAAAGCAUGUUAACUUUUAAUUGUUGUCUUUAAAAAGAGAUUUGUGCGGUCCUUUUAUUGAUUAAAUAAAUUACAUUGGACCAAAAUCUGUUAUGUAUUCCAUUUGAUUCACUGGAUAUUUUAAAUGUCUAAUUCCUGAGAAUACCAUGGAACUCCAUGGAGAUCCAUGGAAUAAUCGAUGGAGUAGUUUCUAUGGAAUUGCAUGGAACGUUUCCAUGGAAUUCCAUAGAAAAUGUCAUAAUCCUCCAUGGAAAAUGUCAAUGCAGAAAUUUCCAUGGAAUUCCAUGGAAAUUGGUGCCCUAAUGUUUUCCAUGGAAUUCCAUGGGAAAUGUCCUAAUCCUCCAUGCAAAUAUUUUCCAUGGAAAUCUAUCCAAUUCCAUGGAAAUUGAUGUCCUAAUCCUCCAUGGAAUUCCAUGGAGAAUUUUCCAUGGAAUUCCGUGGAGGUUUUUCACACGGGUUGAUACAAAUAACCAACUGACUGCAAUUUUUGUAGUAAAUUUCAAACUUAAUUUUUCAAAUAACGAAUAAAGUAUCUUUUGUUGUAUUGCGGGGAUUUUAUAUAGUAAAAAGAAAAUUACAUUGUCGCUUGGAGAUGCGAAAUUUCUCUUCUCGUGUUGAGAAUAUUUCACUCGUUCGCGCUUUCAACACUCAAUAGAAAUUUCGUGUCUCCGCGCAGCCAUGUAGUAUCUUCUAUGUAUCAACUGCGUAUAUUUAUUACUUAGCCGGAGGCGCCAAGUAAAGAAUUCGCGACGCUCAGUAAUGUAAGAUUAGGCACGCAAAGUCUGUGAGUUUUCGGUUUAAGUCGGCUAUUUAACGAAGUGAGGCCGGAGUUACUUCGAGAUACCUCGAUAUCACUUCGAGUUCUUUCGGCUACAAUAAAUAUUUUGAUUUAUUCGAGGAAUAAGUAAUUAUUUGUUUUGGCGUACGCAGGGUUUGAACCAACUCACCUGCGAUCCGUCAGAUCAAACUCUGAGUUUACGAAUUAGCCGAUUGCGCCACCGCGACCAAAUCUUGUUUUUGACUUGAAAGUUAGCUGUAUUAUCGUGCAGUGGUGGGUUCCUUGCAGGAAAUGGAAGAAAAGGGACAAAAAUAAUCUCUUAGUUUAACUGAAAUUGAUUAAAACGAUGAAAUGGUUUAAAAUGGAGCAAGUGGGGAAAAUUACUUGGUUGCCGUAAUAUCUCGACUUCUGGUUUAAAAUUUGAACGAUGGCCACAAAGGCUAUUAGCGUUUGUUCGCUUGCUUCGUAGCAAAAAAAGUCCAAGUUUGAACAUUCGUGGUGUUCUGAAAAUAUUAAGGAAAGGCUUUGAAGAAUUUUUGUUGUCGUUGUUUUUGUUGUUUACAUCGAGUUCAUGCAGUUAGCGUGGAACUAAUUUACCGUCGCUAAAGUUACCUGCUAAAUGGUGUUCCUACUAAUGAUCUUCAAAUUAGCGUUAGGUUGUUUCAGCUUGUCCAGUCGUUUAUUUUUCCAUCAAAUCGUUUCUGUUAGUUGCUGUGUGUCUUUUUUUAUAUUUAUUUUUUUUGCUUUGUCUUGCUUUGUUUUGUUUUGUUUUGUUUUUUUCUUUUUAUUCUUUCGCUUUUUUUAUGUGUGUGUGUGUUCGAUCUUGACGUGCAUUUGCAUAUUGAAUGUAAACAGCGUAAGCUCUGUAUAUGAGUCCGAGCCCUUUAGGCUCUUAGAGCAAAUGUUGCAAUAAAUAUUGUUUAUAAAAGAAAAAAAAUGACCGUCGCGUCGUUCCGAAGGCCAAAAACCUAAUGGAGAACCAUCCAUGUCAUGAUGCAACUUUAACCGCUGACCUCCACGUGCCAAAACUUAGGAUAUUGUAGCCCUUCAGGGCGGAAAAACGUAAUGAGCAUGCGUGAACUUUUUUGCCCAGAUCCCCUGGCCGGGUUUGAAAAAAUGGCGGGAUUUCAAAUAUUUUAUUGCCUAAAAAUAAAAUGUUUCCACUCAUAACCUGGAAAGAACAGGCAAUUUGCCUUCAAAAGUUGCAAGUUGUGGUUAUAACCUUGUCGUUACUUAAUUUUCUCGAAGAAUACCUCAUAGUAAAACGGACUUUAACGACAUUAAUUUCCUUGCGUUGUACUGGAAAUGUGCAUGCGUAAGUACGAUUUUUUUCAAGAUGCAUUCACAAAAUGUGUUCAUAUAAGGAAGUUCCUGGAUAUAUAAGGUCCGGAGCUCCACUGUGGACACAAAAACAACAUAUCUUUGGACAGUGAUUUGCCCAAAAAAAUUAACCCUUGCCCACAAUGUGUUUGAAGUCACUGAACUUUGUCGCACUUGAGCUGAUAUUUUAAAACCCUCGCUCGAUCGGAUACUCGUAGUUUCGCAGAUCACUAAAAUAUAAACAAAAUCCUCAAUGUAGAAGUUAUUGCGUUGAUAUGUGGGCAGAAAAAAGGUCAAUCAUUAUCUGAUAAAAUCUUCCCAAAAAUCGGUUUCAAAGCAACUAUAGUUUUUUAAACUUGCUCGUUUCGCGCAGAUAUAUAAAUUUUGCUUUGUGUUGUCAAGUUGAACACGCAUAACAUCUGUCAAAAACCUACGCGUAAGUAGGAUUUCCUUCAAACAAAGUCAAAGUUAUAUUAUUUCAAAAACUUCUUGCUGACGAUGAAGAAAUGAAUUUUCUGUACGAAAACAACCUACCUGAAGAUCUUAAAAGCAAAAGAUGCAACUUGGCAGCCAAGCCAUGAUUCACCACUUAGCUAUUUUAAGCUUAACUGGUCCAUGCGAGGGUCUUCGUUUAAGCAAAUUAAACUAAGCCGAUCAUUAGAAAAUACAGAAAAUUGCACAUAAGGGUUUGUUUUGCUCGCCUUAGUCAAAUCCAGCUGCAGCAAUUGUUUACGGGAAAAGAGUCAAUUGUUUUGAAGUCACUGCCGGCAGUUCUCUACGUCACAACGAGUGAAAAGGACAAUUUGCGUACAGAAAGUUAUUCUUACAAAGAACAGAAACUUUCACAGUGUAUUAGAAAACAAAACUAUGUAAUGAAAAAUGAAAACAACUCUAACUACUAUUACUUGAGCAACAGAAAAAUGAUCCUGAGUAAGCUUGCUGGCCUUCUGUUUCCGAGGAAGUUUAAUAAGCGCACCAGUUUGUUCACUCUGAUGCGUUAUAACAACAAAAUGGUUCUUUUACUGAAGAUAAAGAUAAAGCUGGUUCUGCAAAGGUAAUAAAUCUGGGCUUGUAAAAAAAGUAACCGUAACUACUAAUAACAGAAUACAAGCGGGUUUUAAUUCAACCCGGCGAAAUCUACUCAUAAAUUAAUCAGAUGCACAAUCAAAAAAAAAUACUCGCCUCUUUAAAAAUGUUCAAAACCUUUUAUUCCACCUCAGACUGACGGAAUGAUCAGUUUUUUCUUUAACAUCGGUUGUUCUGAAUCCAAAGUAAUUUUCAAGCGACGAAAAAAAGGCAAACAUGUCAAAUAAAAAUGCUUUACAGGGAGCAAACGUUCGCACCUGGUGCACUUCACUCAGAACUCCAGCAACAAACAAACACAGUCAACACACAGAAAAGCCCGCCUUGAGCCUGCGAUAAGAGAUGCGCAGAAGCUUGCGCAGAACGUUUUUCCGCCCUGAAUUGCAGCCCCGUUAACCCAUGUAGUUUGGACGUCUUUAUUAGUGAGGGUGGACAAUCUUUUGUGUUUUCUUUGGUUUUUUUCUCAUUUUGCCAGGCACAGUGCUUUAAUCGCAUUUGGAAAUAUAUUGUUUUUAAAGAGUCUUCGGAGACUGAGUUGUUUCUGAAAAGUUUUGAUAGGAAAGAUGAUCGUCAGAAUACCAACGUUUUUAUGUGUUUUGUAUCAUGCCCACAGCAGCCAUCAGUCCUUGAGAACGUCUACCGUUUGCCUUAAAACUACAAAAUGCUACACUAAGAUGUCUUUGUUGAGUUUACCAAUUUUGUUUGCUCUUGCUCAGAGUUGGAGAGACAAAGUAGGUUUCAACACUUGACAAAUGCUUUUGGGGGUAUGGGUACACUUGGAAUUGACUUAGCCUUUAUGAUGAUGAUGCAACCAUCUCUCACAACAAUGAGGGACAAAAAAGAGGGCAAAUUCCCCAUCCUUAAUCCACACUGUAGCAGUUUUUCAUUGAUCGCAUAGUGCCACAACCAUUUUUAGUGUAAAAUUUUUCGUUUCAGUUAACGCCUGCCUUUGUAAUAGUGCUAUUUUUAUUGAGCUUUGCCAAAACCAUUCAUGAUUCUUAUUUUAUCAUUGGUAUUUACUUUGUUAUUAAAUAGUUCGUAGGCAAAGAAAAAUGCCAUAAAUUCCUCCAUGUUUAGUUAUAUUAGGAUAGGAAAUCACGUGCGUGUCAAAAGCUCGGGGGUGACCCCGGGGUAGGGAAAUGCCCGACCCCCGGGCCACACAAAAUUAGUUAAUGGCACAUCCCCAGGACUGACAUGGAAGGCAAAUGCCUCACAGUAUGAGGGGGGGGGGAGGAGAAGGAUGGGGAAAAGAAGACGUGGUAGCUAGGUGCGAGGAAAGAAAGCGAGGGCUCACUCGCAUGUGGCUUUGCCACUCGAAAUAGAGACGUUGCUACCGUCCGUAAUAUUUCUUGGUAGUCGUUCGCGUUCGCUAUUCGGUGACCGACUGCCAUUUUUGUCAGGAUUUCCGAGGAAAAUUUUCAACCAUUUACAAACUAAGCAUCGUCCACUAUGGCUCCACAUCUUCAUUUUUACCCAUUUCAACCAAUCCUUAACAAUUAACAACAUUGCGUCACACGUGCCUAACACAAAAAAAUCCUCACAUAUAAAUGAUACCACGACGGCCAAGUGUACGCUCCGAUAGCGUCUUGUUGCUGUGUAAUAUUGAAAAUUGCUCACCAAUAAUUAUUGGUUGAUAAUUUGAUUGAUUUAUAGAUUUAUGUGUACCAGGUAAUUAGCUCCAUUGCAUAUUUUAUUUGUGAUAAAAAACAAAAGAACAAACAGCACAAACCCUGUGUGCAUAAGUAGGGACAGUGAUUGCAUGGUGGUAGGUAAAAGAGAUCUAAGGAAUGUCGUGUAAUUUGUAUUUUGCUUUUUAGGUCACGUUAGGUCUGAAAUGAAAAACGUUUUUAACAUAGCAGAGGACACUGAAACAAGAUUGUGGAGCAAGUACAUGUCAGCCACGUAUGAACUUCAUGCUAAUAUGGAACAAACAGUGAAGAAUGCUGGUCUUUAUCAAGGACAGGUACAUAUUGAUCAGAAGUAA